GAAAAUUAUAAUCUCUAAAGAAAUUUUUGGCAUUUUGCAUAUUGAUAAUCAUUUAUAAAUGAAGUUUGUGAUCUCAAUCUUGUUUGCAACCAUUUUUAACUCCUGCAGCGGAUAUUAUAAUGAUGAGCAUCUACUUCAUGUUCAGACCUUUACAGGUCAGGUUGGAAGUGGGAAUUUCUCAUAUUACAGGUUAAUGCUCGAAGGUUGUGUCAUAGUUCAACUCGAAACCAUGACGGGAGAUGCAGAUUUGUAUGUGUCAUCCUCAUCACUAAAGCCAACAUGGGAAUCAUAUGACCUGAAAUCAACCACUUGUGGUAUUGAUGAAGUGGUAAUAUACCCAAGCCAAGUUAGGCCCAUUGGUAUUGGGGUAUAUGGUUAUAUCCUGGAUGAACUGAACACUUUUCAGCUUGGUGUCUACAUUGAUCCGAAAUAUAUAGAACCUUAUCCAGAAUCUGACAAUGCAGAAAAAUAUAGAUCCCUCACAGAUGAAAAGUUAACACCAUUACCACCUGGAAAUAUGGAGGAAGAAGUUGAAGGGGAAUCUUUGCUUUGGACAAUAUUUGUUGGUUUUCUUAAAAUAUUAUUUGAUGUGCUCCUAUAGUUUAUGAAUUAUAAAAUAUUUAGCCUUUUUGUUAUUGAAGAAUCUUUGUAUCAUAUAUUUAUGUGUUGCUGAAGCUGCAGUUAUGGACAAGAUCAAGUUCAAGAAUAUACCGAAAAAAUAA